GAGCCAUCCCAAAUACCACGCAAGAAUCAUCCCAAAAUACCACACAGGAACCAUCCCAAAAUACCAUGCAGGAACCAUCCCAAAAUACCACGCAGGAGCCAUCCCAAAAUACCACGCAGGAACCAUCCCAAAAUACCACGCAGGAACCAUCCCAAAAUACCAUACAGGAGCCAUCCCAAAAUACCACGCAGGAACCAUGCCAAAAUACCACGCAGGAACCAUCCCAAAAUACCACGCAGGAGCCAUCCCAAAAUACCACGCAGGAACCAUCCAAAAAUACAAUGCAGGAGCCAUCCCAAAAUACCACGCAAGAACCAUCCCAAAAUACAAUGCAGGAGCCAUCCCAAAAUACCACGCUGGAACCAUCCAAAAAUACCACGCAGGAACCAUCCCAAAAUACCAUGCAGGAGCCAUCCCAAAAUAUCAGACAGGAACCAUCCCAAAAUACCAUGCAGAAACCAUCCCAAAAUAUCAG